AUGCAAGUAAUAACAACUGAUAAACGAACAACAGGGAAUUCAAUGAUUCCUAAUCAAAUCAGUCAACAAAAAGAUAAGAAAAGGGAAGACAUUUUACAAAGAGAACAAAUGAGAAAUUUAAUUAAAAGAGUUGAUGGGAGAUAUGAAUUUGAUAAAACAUCAAUUCAAACAGCAUUGAAAGAUGUGGUUGAAGAUUUUUUAGAUACAUCUCUUUGUGACCUUCUUGAAAUUGCAAAGCAUAGAAGUAGUGAUAAAAUAGAAAUUAAAGAUACAUUGUUUUAUUAUAGAAUGAUGUGGAACUUAGAUGUUGGUCCAUCGUAUUCAUUACCUCCUAAAUCAGCAACUGUUUUACAAAAGAAAUUUGCUCCUCAAAAAACUUUUAAAAAACAAAUUCGAGAAUUUAAAGAACGAGUUGGUAUUGUUCAUAAAGGUAUAGAUGAAAUGAAUUCUGUUAAUUAA